GGUGGUUGCCGGCAAUGUGCCUGAGCUGCCGAGCCGGCUGAGCUCGGUCCGACAGCCGUUCCAGACACCCCAGCGACCCGGCAGCGAGCCUGCGGGGGAUCUCCGCAGCGCCCCCCGCGCGGCGGACCGCGCCAGGAGCUCGGCAGCCGGGCAGCGCCCGCCACCGGCACUGGGUGUCCGUCUGCGGCCGGCGGUCCUCGCGCUGUCAGUCAGGCCGGGGGAGGGGGAAGGAGAGGGAGGCCGAUCCGACCCGUCCCGUACGCCGGCCCACACUCGGCCUAAGCGCAACUCCCCCCUCCGCUCCCGGACAGGCCGCCGCCAUGCUGCCCGAGCCCGAGUGCCGUGUCCUCUCCAUCCAGAGUCACGUCGUCCGCGGCUUCGUCGGAAACAAGUCGGCCGCCUUCCCGCUGCAGGUGCUGGGAUUUGAGGUGGACACAGUCAACACGGUGCAGUUCUCCAACCACACAGGGUACGAUCACUGGAAGGGGCAGGUCAUGACAGCUGGUGAACUCCAGACCCUGUACGAAGGCCUCAGACUGAAUGAUGUGACUCGCUACGAUUAUGUGCUGACAGGAUACACCCGGGACACUUCUUUCCUGGAGAAGGUGAUGGAGAUUAUCAAGGAAUUGCGGAGACAGAAUCCCAAGCUGGUCUACGUUUGUGAUCCGGUGAUGGGCGAUAAGAGAAAUGGGGACGGGUACAUGUAUGUUCCAGAGAAUCUUCUUCCAGUCUACAAGGAGAAGGUGGUUCCGCUGGCUGACAUCAUCACUCCGAACCAGUAUGAGGCAGAAAUCCUCGCAGGGCGGAAGAUGAACACAGAGAAGGAGGCCGUUGAGGUAAUGGAUGUCCUUCACGAGAUGGGCCCUGACACUGUGGUCAUCACAAGCUCUGACCUACCCUCGCAGUUAGGCAGCAACUACUUGGUGACGCUGGGCAGCCAGAGGAAAGUGACAGCAACAGGAUCACGAGUGACGGAGCGGAUUCGAAUGGAGAUUCCAAAGGUGGAGGCCGUGUUUGUGGGGACGGGGGAUUUGUUUGCUGCCAUGCUCCUGGCUUGGACUCAUAAGCACCCAAACAAUCUGAAGAUUGCCUGUGAGAAAACGGUCUCCGCCCUUCAACACAUCGUGACCCGGACCAUAGCCAAUGCAAAGGCCAUGGCUGGCCCUGGGAAUCCGCCAACCCCUGCCCAGUUGGAACUGCGUGUGAUUCAGAGCAAACUGCAGAUCGAGAACCCUGAGAUAAUAAUCCACGCCACGGCCAUCUGAACCAUCCAGACUCCAUAGCACCAUGCCCAUGAAGUACUUGUAACCUCCCCUGACCUCCGCCAGCUGUUCCCAGGGUGUGUGGUGAGGGGAAAGAGACCUGUUGCUCUCUCCCACCAAUCCCUGUCACUCCACUGUGAAAGACCUGCGCUGGGGGGGUGGUGUCCCCUUCCACAGGUUGGGGGGGGGAAUGUUUUCCCCUCGCCUCUCAAGUGCGUACUACUAGUGGGUUCUUUCAUCGGGGUUGUCUGCGGACGCUCCCACUUGUGGAAUGCCUGUCCCUCUGAUUGAAGAGACCCCAUACUGUGCCAGGAGUGGAGUGGUGGGGGUGAGAAACAUGAGAAUGGAUUGGUAAUUCUGCACUGGGGGUGAACUGGAUGCGUUCGUUGUUGCACAGUUUUCAACAGAUUGUGUUUUAGAUUCAUUAAUUUAUCACGUACAUUAGACCAUAAGGCAUAGGUGCAAUAUGAGGCCAUUCGGCCAGUUGAAUCUGCUCCGCCAUUCCAUCAUGGCUGAUUGAUUUUUCCUCUCAAUCCUGUUCUUCUGCAUCCUCCCCGUAAUCGCUUACACCCUGACUAAUCAAGAACCUAUCACCCUCCGCUUUAAAUAUGUCCAGUGAUUUGACCUCCACAGCCAUCUGUGGCAAUGAAUUCCACAAUUCACCACCCUCUAGCUAGAGAAAUUCCUCCUCAUCUCUGUUCUAAAUGAACAACGGAGGCCCCUCAAUUUGGAGACUGUAUACCUUCUGGUCCUAGACUCUCCUAACUGUUAGAACAUCAUCUCCACAUCCACUCUAUCUUGGCCUUCCAACAUUCGGUAUGUUUCAGUGAAAUGCGUCGUUUGCGUUAACAACUGACAACCCGAGUGUGCCACAUAUUUCACCACCGACCUCGCAUGCUCACAAUGUUCAGCGAAGCAACACAAGAAACAACAGUAAAACAAGUUCCUCUUCCACUCUCAUUCCAUCACACACACACACACACCCACCCCCAGGAGAAGCUGCCUCUGAGCCUGCGGUCCUGGGCUCCUUGCUCAUUAUGACUGAACAAUAAAUAAUGGGUGAUUAUUUUAGCAGUCAACCACUUGAAGACACUAAGUCACCUGCCACCAGCUUGUGAUCUCCACUGAUCAACACUGAAUCACCUGUGCUCGCUAUCCUCAGGCCACGCGCUCUGCACUCCCAGAUGAGCAAUUCCCCUUCACUGUCAAGUUCAAGGUCAGUUUAUUGUCAUUCAACCAUUUACCAGCAAGUAAAACAAUGUUCCGGUGGGCCAUGAUACAUAACAGUACAUAUACCUGACACACAUAACAUAGAAAGUACUAACACCGCAAAUCGAUGAUCAGAUGCUGCAGGAAACAUAUGAACCUUGGAGCCCAUAGCACGUCAGAAUCAGGUUUAAUGUCACCAGCAAAUGUUGUGGAAUUUGUUGUUUUACAGCAGCAGUACAGUGCAAUUCAUAAUAAAAACUACUUCUUCAAAAGGCGAUGACUCAGAAAGGCAGCAUCCAUCAUAAAGGAGCCCAUCACCCAGGACGUGGAGUCUUCUCAUUGCUAACAUCAGGGGGGAGGUACGGGAGUCUGAAGACACACACACACAGUGAUUCAGGAACAGCUUCUUCCCCAGCACCAUCAGAUUUCUGAACGGACAUUGAACCCAUGAACACUACCUCACUAAUUUUUAUCUCCCUUUUUUGCACUACCUAUUUAAUUUAAUUUUUUAUAUUCACUUAUUGUCAUUAACAGCUUUUUUUCUUUUGUACUGCUGCUGCAAAACAAAUUUCACAAAAUAUGCUAAUAAGAUUAAAUCUGAUUCUGAAUUACAAAAAAUAAAAAUUUAUAAAAAUUAAAUUAAUUAGCAAUGUCUGCAUGGGUGAGGAACCUCCUCAGAACUGAAAUGUUAAUUGUUUCUCUUUGUGAAUGCUGCCUGACCUGCUGAGUGGUUCCAACACUCUCCCGUUUUUAUUUCAGCUUUCCAUCAUCUGCGUUUUUUACUGAUUCAAGCUAAUUGGUUCAUUGUGGUUCUCUGGGAUACCACCCUCCCUCUCAUCAGAUCCUCGAGUCCCAGAUUCUGACCCCCACCCGAUGUGUUGCAAACUCUCUCUGAAAGUCUUAGACAUCUCCUUCUCUGUUGUGGUAUGUGGCAGUGACGCAGGAACUCAGUUUGUGGCCCCGUCCACUCACCCCCCCCCCCCAGCCUCGGCCCUGCCCACCCACCCUUCCCCCUGGCCUGUGGCCCCGCCCACCCACCCUUCCCCCUGGCCUGUGGCCCCGCCCACUCACCCCCACUCUGGCUUGUGCAAGCUCCAAGCUCCAAGCUCCAAUUCACUGACGUGACCAAAUGAAACAGUAUUCCUCCAGGCCACAAAACACAGCACAAACUACCCCACAAAUAAGUUGUAAGCUGCAGUGCAGUGCGACCUGCCCACGCUGUAAUCCCCACGCUGCCUGUGGGUCAGGCAAGCUGGAUCUGCCGCUCCCUCUCAGGCUAGAAGGGGAAUGGUGACCCUCCGUCUUAAAGCCCUUGCCCUCACCAUUCCAGUGAUUCCAUCCCUACGAGGGUCCGCCGCCAAUGGGAACAGACAGCCCAUCAGAGUUGAAUGGUGGAACAGGCUUCUUGGGCUGAACCCCGGACACUGCUUGGUGAGGUGAGGAGAGGCUCUCUCUGACCAUAAGUUUGGCUCAUCAAGUCUGCCCCAUCAUUCAGCUGUGACUUUUCUUUCCCCCGUUUUCCCACCUGUUCUCCCGUGAGGGAAUAGGGAUGUGGAUAUAUGAGAAACCCUUGUGCAACACCCCCCUGCCGCCAGUGUCUGCAACCUUUUCCCAGCAGUAGGUGGAACUUCCUGCCACCUCUUCUCUGUGUGAGGUGUAUGGGGCGCAGUUUUCUUCGGGGUCUUGUUCCCCCUGCUGGGGUGAUGGGGAGGGCCAAGGCUUUUAUUGACAUAUCAGCACCUGACUGGGUGCAGGAGCACGGGGGAGAACUGGUUGCCUUUGCCCCUGGUUCUGAAGCUCUCACCUCCCUCCCUAACGUACUGCCCUGACUCUGCUGAUGGUGACGCUGUCAGCCCAGACCCUGCUCUGACGAUGAGAACCACAGGAAGCUGUGCUCACCCCUGUGUGUCCAUGGAAAUACUGUCCUGGUUCCAACAUCAGUCACCGUGCGUGGGAUUCGUCGGGGUGAUGGUGUGUGUGUGUGUGUGUGAGAGACCCAUCACCCAGAGCAGAUCUGUGUGUGUGAGUGAGAGAGAGACCUAUCACCCAGAGUAGGUCUGUGUGUGUGAGUGAGAGAGAGACCUAUCACCCAGGGCAGAUCUGUGUGUGUGAGUGAGAGAGAGACCUAUCACCCAGAGUAGGUCUGUGUGUGUGAGUGAGAGAGAGACCUAUCACCCAGGGCAGAUCUGUGUGUGUGAGUGAGAGAGAGACCUAUCACCCAGAGUAGGUCUGUGUGUGUGAGUGAGAGAGAGACCUAUCACCCAGAGUAGGUCUGUGUGUGUGAGUGAGAGAGAGACCUAUCACCCAGAGCAGGUCAGUGUGUGUGCGACCCAUCACCCCGUGGAUAUUUCUCUUUGUGUCCUAACCUGUCUCCCCAGCAGAUCAUCUGUGUGAUUGGGAAGUGAAAUUAGGGAUUUACAUUCCCUGUCCCAAUGGGCAGUCCCUGUACAAACUCUCCACCCCAACCCACCUCGAGUGAGCCCAACUCUCCAAUGAGCGCCUCCUCAGCAGUGUUACAGCCAGGACGGUCUCCGGCUCAGCCCUGGCAGGGUUUCGUUCGAGUAUCUAGAGGCCAAACUAAUAGUGACUCAAUCUUGUGGAUGUGUGUGUGCGCGCGCGUGUGUGUGUGCGCGUGCGUGUGUGUGUGUGCGCGCGUCUGUGCCAGUAUAUAUUCUGAGUCGGUGAUGUAGUCCUUGCUUGUUUAUCUGUACGUGUCUCGCUUUCUUAGAUCCUCGCCAGGUGAGCUGUCCUGCCCUGUCCUGUCACUGCUCUGUCUUAGAACUCUGAUUCCAGCCCUUUCUCUCCACUGACCGAGCGGCGGUCUGCGCUUGCGGGGUUCGAGCGCGCUGCUGAAUUUCCUCCCUUGCCACCGGUCUCUCUCCGGCAGUCCGGCAGAGACUGGGGAGCUGCAACGUACGUUAAGAGUUGACCAGAGCUUGUUGGUGAGACUGACAGAGGAGUCGUCUCUGAGUGUUGGGCUUGCACUCUCCGUCAGUGUUUCUCUAGUUUACCGGUAGGGUUUUGUCAGUCUUGCUAACCUUCCAAUUCUGUGCUUCAUAUUUUCCUGUACUGUCCUGUCUGUGAGUAUUAAUAUAUCAAAUUAAAUGAUUAAAAUGAAUCUUUUAAAAUUAAUUUACAUAUAGAUAUUUAAAAAUUUAUCUUUCUGAUUGGAAAUAAAAUCAUUUAUUUACUAAGA